GGCCCCUGCAAGCCAGAACUAACCGUAGGGACACGAAGGACUACUCACUUGUUCUUGAAUCUGCUUUUGGCGCGCUUCAAAAGAAAGCAGGACGGACUAAUCGUACCCAAACCCGACUCGGCGUCGCGGAGGAAGGCGGGAUGGCGGCGACGGUGCGAGAGUUGCAGCAGCAGCUAGAGGCGGAAGUAAACGCGCUGCGAUCCAUGGAAAAGGACAUCACUCGCAACCAUAAAGUGCGGCGGCAAUACACCCUGCAGCUGAACGAGAACGAGAUGGUGCAGAAGGAACUGGACCUAUUGGAGGAGGACGCCAAGGUGUUCAAGCUGAUCGGCCCUGUGCUCGUGCCGCAGGACCUGGCUGAGGCCAAGGCGAACGUGGCGAAGCGGCUGGAGUACAUUUCUAGUGAAGUCAAGCGACUGGAGGGGGCACUGAAGCAGCUGGAGCAGAAGCAGGGGUUAAAGCAGCAAGACAUUAUGCAAGCACAGCGAAAGCUUCAAGCAUUUCAUGCACAGCGGAGGCAAUAAAUUCUAAUUUAGCAGGUCCCGAGAAGAGUUUCUUUGAUACGAUUUAAGAAAUGCAUGAUUAGGACAAUUUAGGCUGCUGUGUACACUGUAGUACAGUGUACACAACCUGACCGAAUGAUUGGCGUUGUUAAACCUCCCGAAGUCUUGGUGUAAGGAACUGGUAUUUCCUUAUCACGUGUAAUAGUUACUAAAGCGUACACUGGUAUAACAGGGUUGCCGCUAGGGCUUUAGGUUGGAUUUUGAGGGGUUGUUGGCUCAGGGUGCCCCAAGCAGGAGCCCCCGUUUUUCAGGGUCAGGUUUCUUAGAACUG